GGGCUGAGCGGCCCCAUGGCGGAAGGGGGCGGCCCCGCACCUCCCCUCACCGCCCCCAGUCCCGUCCCCGUCCCCGUCCCCGUCCCCGCGUGCGGCCUGGGCGCCAUGAGCGGGCCGUGGGGGGCUGCGGGCCCGGUGCUGCGGGGGCCCCGUGCGGGCUGGCUGUGGGCGGCGGCGGCCGCCCUGGCGCUGGGCGCCCUGCUGGGGGCUUGGCGCUGGGCCGCGGGGCGCCGCCGCCGCCGCCCAGCCCGGCUGCAGCGUGUGGGGACGGUGUCGAGCCUCUUCGUGUACCCCGUGAAGUCGUGCCGGGGGGUGGCCGUGCCGCGGGCGCAGGUGACGCCGAUGGGGCUGCAGAGCGGGGAGCUGCGGGACAGGUUCUGGCUGGUGACCAAGGAGGACGGGCACAUGGUCACCGCCCGCCAGGAGCCCCGGCUCGUCCUCGUCUCGGUCGGCUGCGAGAAUGGCUGCCUGGCCCUCAGCGCCCCCGGCAUGGAGCCGCUGCGGCUGCCCGUCAGGCUCCCUAGGAAAAACCCGGUGCGGAACUGCAGGUUGUUUGGACUGGAUAUUCAAGGCAGGGACUGUGGAGAUGAAGUGGCUCGGUGGAUCACCACUUUCCUGAAUUCGGAGCCCUACCGACUGGUGCACUUUGAGCCUUCCAUGGUGCCAAGAAAGUCAAAGGAUGUAAUAGACCUUUUCCGAACCACAGAUGAGGUUGCCUAUCCUGACUGUAGCCCGGUCUUGAUCAUCUCAGAAGCUUCACUGGACGACUUAAAUACCAGACUGGAGAAGAAAGUUAAGAUACAGAACUUCAGACCGAAUAUUUUUGUGACAGGUUGCAAUGCGUUUGAGGAGGACACGUGGGAGGAAAUUCUUAUUGGCAGUGUGGAAAUGAAGGGGACAGUGUGCUGUGCAAGGUGUAUUUUAACAACUGUUAACCCAGACACUGGGGUCCUGGACAGGAAGGAGCCCCUGGAAACAUUGAAAAGUUACCGCUUAUGUGAUCCAUCUGAGCGACACAUUUACAAAUCCAGCCCUCUCUUUGGAAGAUACUUUGCUGUUGACAAAACUGGAACAAUUCAAGUUGGAGACCCUGUGUACAAGAUGGUCCAGUAGUGAGGGAUGUUUUUAUCAGAAGAUGACUUUUCACUUCACCAUAUUUUUCUUUUUCUUUGUGAACACAGUCACUGACAUAACUUUUUCUUAUCUCUUGCAAUAUUUUUAAUACUAUGUUCCUUUGUAAGGUGCGGCAGGUCUUUGAGGCUAUGAGCUGUCAGUCACUUCAGAUCAUUAUCAUCUAGUAGCACACAUGUAGCAAACAAAUCUUUAUUUUUUCUGCAGGAUGUGUUAGAGGAGAGUCUAAUCCAAGACAGACUUGACAGCACUACUUUAUUACACCUCAUAAAAUUUUGUGUCAAGCUUGAUGUCAGAAUCCAAAGUUAUUUACAAGGGCUUUGCAUCAUGUAUUAGAUACAUUCAGUGCCUACAAAGAACCACAAAAACAGUCAUUGCAAGCAUAAAAUGCAUAUGUUGAUCAUGGAGCUCCCGCGUUACUUAUUCUGCAGUCAUUUCCAGAAGAUUGCUUUUGUCUUUUGAGAUUGGAGCAAUAUCAGAAGGAGAAGCUUUGUGAGCUGACUGAACGCUCCUCUGGUCUAUAGGUGGGAAAACUGUAAGACUAUAGGCUCAUUUAUUUUAUGACUUGUGCUUGAAAGAAUUUGAAUGAUUUUUUUUUUCUCCUGUGAAGCAUACUGUAUCGGCUCAGCUGUAAAGUAGUGAUUUGUUUGACUAAGUGAAUCUCUUUCUAUAGAAAGUUAGGCUGCUUCUGCAAGAUUUAGACCAAAGGGAUCUGGAUGUGUAGAGAAGUAAAGCUUUAUACAUCAGGGGAGAGGAAAAAAAUAGAUUUUCAGUGCCAGAUAGCACUGAGCAGACAUUUGGGAAGCUGCAGUUUUAGACGGAGUGUGUUAACAUUAUGCAUAAUGCAUUUGGAUUUCUCCCUCCCUGUUCUAACCAAAUGUCAAAUAAUUAUGUUUUUUACUAUAUUUUAUAUUGCAUAAAACAAAUAGGGGUUGGUGGGAAGAAAUUAAUAAAAGAAAUAGGGGUUGGUAGAGGGAAGAAAUUAGUAGGGUGAUGGCAGUAGGAUCUUUUCUUUAAAUAUAAUUAUGAAGAAAACAAAAUCCAAGCCUGCCAUUUUUCAAAUGCUUGGCUGCCUGUUGCUUUGUUAUGGGUUGCUAGGUCUAGAAAGAUUGUUGAACUAGCAAAAAAGAGGAAUUUAAUUGAGUGUGAAGGACAAAUAAUGACCUAAUUUGGUGUUUAGAAUCUUUGUUUUGUACUGUGAAUAUGAAAUGGGAAUUUUGCUGCAUGUUUACAGCUCAGACCUGUAAAAUGAAAAGCCCUCGUGCCUUUGAGCAAAUUCAGAUGGGUGUAUGUGGUAAAAACAUGAAGCAAGCAUAUGGGGAAGGUAGUUUUCUAUUAUUCAUGAGCUCAGAGUUGUUCCAAAUAGCCUUUUAUUAGCAGUGGACAUACAAGUGCCCAGCUAGGUCUACAUGUUGCACACUUGUGCGUUAUUAUGCCUAAUGCAGCAGCUAGUGGGAGAAGCGAGAGAACAAGCAUCAUCUUAUAAAAGGAAAGUAAUCCUGAGGUUCAUUUAAAAAAAGCAUAUAUUGAAAAUCAUGAAUAUCAGAGGCUGAAACAUUGUGGAAUUCCUAAUAAUAUUAAUCAAAGACAGCCUGCUGGCCUGCCAAAGCAAUUAGUUAAGACUGUGUCUUUUUCAUUAAGUCAAAGAAGUGGAAGGAACAAGAGCUGAAUAUAGCCUCUAGCCAAGUGUACUUCUUCGUCCUGGUUCUAUCAUCACUUUAGGAGUUACGUAAUGCAUUGUGUGGUAUAGAUUGCGUUGCAUCUUGUUGAUUGGACUUUGAUUGUUCACUGAUUGGACUACUUUUCAAAUGGGGCUGUCUUUUCAAUGAGAAACUGCAUCUGUGUUCCUAUUAGGAAAAUGCCAUAGAUCUAAAACCCCGAUUCACCCUGUAAAAGGCCCUUAGAAGAAUUUAGAAUCCCUAAACCAGGUAUGCGUCCGAGUAUAACAGAUUUGACAAUUGACACUGAAAUCAAUUAUGUGAUGAAAGAGGGACAUAGAUGGGAGCUGGAGAGGGUACCUAAUUAACAUUGCAAUAUAAACAUCUCAUAUGAAUGUUACUGUUGUAACUUUAGAAAUUGUAUUUGAUUUUGCUAAAGCCAUUUAGAAAUUUGAAAAGCAUGUAAAUCAUAAAACUAUUUUUUUUAAUUGUGCACUUAAAGAUGUUUAAUUAUUUUUUAACUGUAGAGAAAAAAGACACAAGUAUAAACUUCUGUUGAAUUGUAA